CGGGAGCUGCGGGCCGUGCGGCCGGGAUGAGCGCCAGCGCGGGUGGCGGCGGCGGCGGGGACAGCGGCAGCAGCAGCAGCUCGCAGGCCUCCUGCGGGCCCGAGUCCUCAGGCUCCGAACUCGCCCCCGCCGCGCCGGCGCCGCGGGUGCUGCAGGGGCUGCUGGGCUCCGAUGACGAGGAGCAGGAGGACCCCAAGGACUACUGCAAGGGCGGCUACUACCCCGUGAAGAUCGGCGACCUGUUCAAUGGGCGGUACCACGUGGUGCGCAAGUUGGGCUGGGGCCACUUCUCCACUGUCUGGCUCUGCUGGGACAUCCAGCGCAAGCGCUUCGUGGCCCUGAAAGUGGUGAAGAGCGCGGGGCAUUACACGGAGACCGCCGUGGAUGAGAUCAAGCUCCUGAAAUGUGUCCGAGACAGUGACCCCAGUGACCCCAAGAGAGAGACCAUUGUCCAGCUCAUCGAUGACUUCAGGAUCUCAGGGGUGAAUGGAGUCCAUGUGUGCAUGGUGCUGGAGGUCCUGGGCCACCAGCUCCUCAAGUGGAUCAUCAAGUCCAACUACCAGGGCCUGCCCGUGCCCUGCGUGAAGAGCAUCGUGAGGCAGGUGCUGCACGGCCUGGACUACCUCCAUACCAAAUGCAAGAUCAUCCACACAGACAUCAAGCCCGAGAACAUCCUGCUGUGUGUGGGUGACGCCUACAUCAGGCGCCUGGCCACCGAGGCCACAGAGUGGCAGCAGUCAGGGGCACCACCCCCAUCCCGCUCCACAGUCAGCACUGCCCCCCAGGAGGUCUUGACUGGUAAGCUGUCGAAAAACAAGAGGAAGAAGAUGCGGCGCAAACGGAAGCAACAGAAGCGGCUGCUGGAGGAGCGGCUGCGGGACCUGCAGAGGCUGGAGGCCAUGGAGGCGGCGGCCCAGGCUGAGGACGCUGGCUCAAGGCUAGAGGGGGGCAGCGGCUCCACCUCCUCUUCCGGCUGCCACCCCGGGGGGGCCAGGGCCGGCCCCUCCCCCGCCUCCUCCUCCCCGGCGGCCGGGGGUGAGCGCAGCCUCAGCCCAGGCUCCCAGACCUCAGGCUUCUCGGGCUCCCUCUUCUCUCCGGCCUCGUGCUCCAUCCUCUCAGGCUCCUCCAACCAGCGGGAGACCGGGGGCCUCCUGUCCCCCAGCACACCGUUUGGUGCCUCGAACCUCCUGGUGAACCCCCUGGAGCCCCAAAACGCAGACAAGAUCAAGAUCAAGAUCGCAGACCUGGGCAACGCCUGCUGGGUGCACAAGCACUUCACCGAGGACAUCCAGACUCGCCAGUACCGGGCCGUGGAAGUGCUGAUCGGAGCGGAGUACGGGCCCCCGGCCGACAUCUGGAGCACAGCGUGCAUGGCCUUCGAGCUGGCCACCGGCGACUACCUAUUCGAGCCUCACUCUGGAGAAGACUACAGUCGCGACGAGGACCACAUCGCCCACAUUGUGGAGCUUCUGGGAGACAUCCCCCCAGCCUUUGCCCUCUCAGGCCGCUAUUCCCGAGAGUUCUUCAACCGGAGAGGAGAGCUGCGGCACAUCCACAACCUCAAGCACUGGGGCCUGUAUGAGGUGCUCAUGGAGAAGUACGAGUGGCCCCUGGAGCAGGCCACGCAGUUCAGCGCCUUCCUGCUGCCCAUGAUGGAAUACAUCCCGGAAAAGCGGGCUAGCGCGGCCGACUGCCUCCAGCACCCUUGGCUCAACCCCUAGGCCCCACGGGCACUUUGUGCAGCUUGAGGCGGGCCUGGCUCACCCUCAAGCCCCUCCCAGUGCCUUCAGGGAAAGCGGGACGCCUCCUGCCACCCGGCACAAGCUGCCCUCCUCCCCCCACUGGGUGCCAGCUUCCUCACAGCCCGUGGCAGGGCAGAGAGAUGCUGGAGCCAGGCCCACCGUUUAGAAUUCGUUCUGCCCCCAACCCUCACAACAUGCCCUGAGUGGGAAGUGUGCGUGUUUCUUUUCUUAAUAAAGCGUGAACUGAAA